AUGGCGCUGAAAGCUAUGGUCGUCCAGCUGCUUGUUGCUCUUGUGACAGUAAACUUUGCGAUGUCGACCAGAAUUGCAGGUUUUAGCCCAACAAACUCGGGGUCCCACUAUUUCACCAUAAAGAAAGUUAUGGAGGAAUUGUCCGCGCGCGGACACGAGGUUGUGCUGAUUAAGCCUGCCAAUCAAAACGAUCCACCAACAAUUGGGCAGACGAUACCUCAUAAGAUAUUCCACAUACCAUAUAACCAGUCUUAUUUUGAGGUAUUUUUUGUUAAAAGUCAUAUGGAAGACGGCAUAUGGAAGGCUCUAAUCAGAUUUACAGAGAUGCAAAGUGUCAUUU